CCACUCAAAAGUCCGCUGAGUGACACCCCCUGUUCCCCUUCACAGGCGGGGGCCGGUACGGGUGCCACCUCUGCGGCCAGCUGUUCCAGCAGCCUAACCCGCUGAAGCUGCACCUGGCCGUGGGCUGCCGGGGCGGCCGGCUGGCCUGGCCGCCCGGCCCCCCUCAGCCCUCGCCCAGCCCGGGCCACGUCUGCGCCCAGGUCGAGUCGCUCGUCUCCAGCAUGGGCCGCUCGAGCAAGGGCCACGUGUGCCUCUACUGCGGCAAACUGUACUCGCGAAAGUACGGCCUCAAGAUUCACAUCCGCACGCACACGGGCUACAAGCCGCUCUGCUGUCGCAUCUGCGCGCGCCCGUUUGGCGACCCGAGCAACCUCAACAAGCACGUGCGACUGCACGCCGACGGCGAGACGCCCUACAGGUGCGAGAUCUGUGGAAAGGUGCUGGUGCGGCGCCGGGACCUGGAGCGACACAUGAGGUCGCGACACGGGCAGACGCCGGCCGGGGCCGCCGAGACGGCCACCGCCCACCCGCCGGCCACAUAGCGCAGCCGGGCUAACGCGCUCGGAACGGUGUCGAGUCGAUACAGCCACUCAGGUGAUCUCAGAAAUGCCAAACUGUUCGUACAAAUGCGUGUGUACCAAUGCUAGUGUUCCUACCAAAUGCGUGAACAAAUACUGUACAAAUAUACAUAUCGUAAAGAG